AUGUGCUAUCAUUGGGCAUGCACCAUUGGCAACCCUAGUAUUAAAUACAAGUCUUACCAUUCAGGUGAUUUCAUCAUUGGUGGCAUUAUUUCUCUGAUCUACAUGAUGUCUGAUCAAGUCACCUUUAAAAAACUUCCAUCUGAAGAACUUCUUGAUGAUCCCAUUUUAUUACAACAGAACUACUUGCAUAUUUUGUCCUUGGUCUUUGCUGUAAAGGAAAUCAAUGAAAAUUCUCAGAUCUUGCCAAACAUCACUCUGGGUUUUGGGAUAUUUAAUAGUUAUUUCAUGGCAACGUGGACCUACCUUGCUUCUAUGGAGCUUCUUUCUUCACAUGACAGAUUUGUUCCUAAUUAUAAAUGCAGCACCAACCAAAACUCAAUUUGUGUUAUUGCUGGACCCAAUUCUCAUAUCUCUCAGGUUAUGGCCAACAUUCUGAGCAUUUACAAGAUUCCACAGUUCACAUAUGGCUCUGCUCCAGUGAUGGAUAAUGUGAUUCAUACAGCUUUUGUCUAUCAGAUGUUUCCAAAUGAACAACUUCAAAUUACAGGGAUUCUCCAGUUGCUGCUUCAUUUUAAGUGGACCUGGAUUGGGAUAAUUUUUCAAGAAAAUGAAAUUGGUGAACAAUUUCUGAGGGAAGUACUUAUCAUGUUUUUCCAAAAUGGAAUCUGCUUUGAUUAUAUUAAGGUGUUUCCAACAGUAGCUUUUUCAAAUGAGAUGGGAGAACAAAUCAAUAAUUUUGUUAAAGUAUGCAAAGUCAUUAUGAGAAGUACAUCCAGUGUUGUGAUUGUAUAUUGUGAGAAUCAGGUCAUGGCUCUUUUCAGAAUGAUCUCUGUUUCAGAAUAUUGGGAAGUCACAGUUGAGAGGAAAGACAAAGUUUGGAUUUUCCCAGCCCAGAUGGAGUAUACUUCAAUUCCAUUUCAAAGAGACUGGAAUAUGGAUUUUAUCCAUGGUGCUCUUUCUUUUGUGGUUUCAUCAAAAGAAGCAUUAGGGUUUAAUAGAUUUCUUCAGAUGAGAAACAGUGUUUCCAAAAAUGAAGACAGUUUUUCAAAAGUUUUUUGGGAGCAAGCCUUUGAAUGCUCUUUCUCAAAAUCCAUUUUAAACCCAAAGUCGGAGAAAUGGUGCACUGGGGAAGAGAAAUUAGAGGCUCUUCCACACUCUGUUUUUGAAUUGAGUAUGACUGGACAAAGUUACAGUGUCUACAAUGCAGUCUCUGCUGUAGCACAUGGUCUACAAGCUUUCCUUACAUCCCAUUCCAAAUAUCACAUAUCAGCAGCAGAUAGUGAGAAACAGAAGCUUUUCAAUCAUCAUGUAUGGAAGCUUCAUCACUACCUGAAAAAAGUUUCAUUUAACAACAGUUUUGAAGAAAAAAUUUUCUUUGACCAUAAUGGGAAGGUUGCAACUGGUUUUGAUAUUAUCAACUGGGUCACCUUCCAAAAUCUAUCCUUUCUUAGGGUCAAAGUUGGAAAAGUAGAUCCGUCAGUUCAAUUUGAAAGCCUUCUCUCUCUAUCAGCAAAUAAUAUUGUCUGGCCCAAUAUUUUUAACCAGACACAACCUCUUUCUCUGUGCAAUGAUCAUUGCUCCUUGGGGUACAGCAAGAUCAAAAUAGAAGGGAAGCCAUUUUGCUGUUAUAAAUGCCUUCUUUGCCCAGAAGGUAAAAUUGCCAACCAGACAGAUUUAGAUGACUGUUUCUCAUGUCUGGAAGAAAACUACCCUAACAAGGACCAAAAUCUGUGUAUUAAAAAACACACAGUCUUCUUGUCUUACAAAGAACCCUUGGGAAUCAACUUGACCAGUGUUGCUUUCCUCUUUUCUUUCAUCUCAGUUGUGGUGCUGGGGAUCUUCGUUAAACACCAGGACACACCCAUUGUCAAAGCUAACAACAGAAACCUCACCUAUAUUCUUCUUAUUGCUCUUCUGUUUUCUUUCCUUUGUGUUUUGCUCUUCAUUGGGCAACCAGAGCAAGUAAAAUGUUUUAUGCGACAAACUGCUUUUGGAAUCAGCUUUUCUGUUGCCCUUUCUUGUAUAUUGGGGAAAACCACAAUAGUUGUUCUUGCUUUCAUGGCCACCAAGCCAGGUUCCAAAAUGAGGAAAUGGGUGGGGAAAAGCCUGGAUAAUAUUAUUGUCCUAUCUUGCUCCCUAGUGCAAAUCACCAUUUGUAGUAUAUGGUUAACAACUUCUCCUCCAUUCCCAGAUUCAGACAUGCACUCAAUAUCUGAUAAAAUUGUCCUAGAAUGUAAUGAAGGUUCAGCCUACAUGUUUUAUAUUGUCCUUGGCUAUAUGGGUUUUUUGAGUGCUAUCAGCUUCAUGGUGGCCUUCCUUGCCAGGAAGUUACCUGAUAGCUUUAAUGAAGCCAAAUUUAUCACCUUCAGCAUGUAUGUCUUUUGUAGUGUCUGGGUGUCAUUUGUUCCUACCUAUUUGAGCACCAAGGGGAAAUACAUGGUGGCUGUGGAGAUCUUCUCCAUUUUGGCCUCUGCAGCUGGAUUACUGGGCUUCAUCUUUCCCCCCAAAUGUUACAUUAUUGUGCUGAGGCCUGAUUUGAAUAGAAAGGAACAACUUGUAAAGAAACAAAAGUAA